CCACUACUCAUCCCGAAAAGCCAAGGUAAUACGGUCCUCACGGCGGAGUCUUCUCAUCAUUUCUCCCCUCGCAUAAUGGAAACUGAAUGAAAACAGCUGUGACACGCUCUCAGAAAUAUCCAAACCUACGACUUGUCAUUAAACUGCCCUGGAAGAAGGUCGCGUUUGUGUGGAUGGAGAAUUUUGAAUCGCACCCAUGUGCUUCCUAUCCUCAUACACUCCCUCCCUUUCUUCUCUUUAGCUGGUAAAUGAGCUGAAGUCAAGCUGGUUGUGAAGGUGCUGGACUUCUUCCCCCCUACGCCCCAAGCCGGACACAGCAUGGCGGCGGGAGUAGCGGCAUGGCUUCCCUUUGCCCGGGCAGCAGCCAUCGGCUGGAUGCCUGUGGCCAAUUUACCCAUGCCAGUAGCACCUGCUGAAAAGAACAAGAGGCAGGAUGAGCUCAUCGUUCUUAAUGUCAGUGGGCGCCGUUUCCAGACCUGGAGGAACACUCUAGACCGCUACCCAGACACACUUCUGGGCAGCUCAGAGAAGGAAUUCUUCUACAAUGAGGAGACCAAAGAGUACUUCUUUGACCGGGACCCUGAUGUGUUCCGUAGUGUGCUCAACUUCUACCGUACAGGCAAGCUUCAUUAUCCACGCUACGAGUGCAUAUCUUCCUAUGAUGAGGAGCUGGCUUUCUUUGGCAUUGUCCCAGAGAUCAUCGGUGACUGCUGCUAUGAAGAGUACAAGGACAGGAAGAGGGAGAAUGCAGAGCGUCUGAUGGAUGACCAGGAGGACAACAAGGAUGCCAAGCUGCCCAAUAUGACCUUCAGGGAGACCAUGUGGCGGGCUUUUGAGAACCCUCACACUUCGACCAUGGCCCUUGUCUUCUAUUAUGUCACUGGCUUCUUCAUUGCUGUCUCUGUCAUCACCAAUGUGGUAGAGACAGUGCCCUGUGGCACAGCGCCCAACCAGAAGGAAGUACCAUGUGGUGAGCGCUACACCGUGGCCUUUUUCUGCAUGGACACGGCCUGUGUUAUGAUCUUCACCGUGGAGUACCUGAUGCGCUUGUUUGCUGCACCCAGCCGCUAUCGCUUCAUGAGAUCUGUCAUGAGCAUCAUCGAUGUGGUAGCCAUCUUACCAUACUACAUCGGCCUGGUGAUGACUGACAACGAGGAUGUGAGCGGUGCUUUCGUGACACUCCGUGUUUUCCGUGUGUUCCGUAUCUUCAAGUUUUCCCGUCACUCGCAGGGCCUUCGCAUCCUGGGCUACACGCUGAAGAGCUGUGCCUCGGAGCUGGGCUUCCUCCUCUUCUCCCUCACUAUGGCCAUAAUUAUCUUUGCUACCGUCAUGUUCUACGCAGAGAAGGGUUCAAGCUCCAGCAAAUUCACCAGCAUCCCAGCCUCCUUCUGGUACACCAUCGUUACUAUGACAACGCUCGGGUAUGGAGACAUGGUUCCUAAGACGAUUGCAGGGAAGAUCUUUGGUUCAAUCUGCUCUCUGAGCGGGGUGCUGGUAAUUGCCCUUCCUGUCCCUGUCAUCGUGUCCAACUUUAGCCGCAUCUAUCACCAGAACCAGAGAGCAGACAAGCGGCGGGCGCAGAAGGUACAGAAAGCCCGUUUGGCCAGGAUACGAAUAUCCAAGACAGGAAGCUCCAGUGCCUUCCUCCACAGCAAGCGUAAUGGUCUGUUUAAUGAAGCUCUAGAGCUCACGCAACUUCCAUACAAGAUGAACCUUUCGGAUCAGGGUUCCACUGAGGACGAGAAACGCUUAAGCAAGUCUACCUCUCUUUUGGAGAGCCAGCACCACCACCUGCUGCACUGUUUGGAGAAAACCACAAACCAUGAGUUUGUGGAUGAACAGUAUUACCAGCAGAGCUACCUGGAAGGGGGACUCCAGAAUUACCCGUCUCGAAGCCCCUCCCUUUCCAGUCAAGACGGCGUGACGGGGACGUGCUGCACCCGACGAAGCAAGAAGCACCACACCCCUUUACCAAACGCCAGUGCCCCAGCACACAUGCAGCCUUUGACACAUACUCACACACACCAACAAGGCUUGCAGGAGCUCAGUACCAUCCAUAUCCAGCCCCUCAGCACCAGCCGCUCCAGUCUGAACAUGCGCGUAGAUGAGCCAGCCCCUCUGAACUGCCAGAGCAGCCAGAUCACCACAGCAAUCAUCAGCAUUCCCACGCCACCAGUGACGACUCCCGAGGGUGACGCUCAUCUGCCAGCAGGCCCCACCCACCAAAACGUUGUGAAGGUGUCCGCACUGUGAAGACUAGAGUGCAGGCGCAACACAUAGAAAGACAGAUUUAAAAAAAAAAAAAAAAAAAAAACUCAUCGAGACAGACUGAGGGACAGAGGAGGACUGAGAACGAUGGAGGAGAGAAAGCGUUCAGAGUCCUGGUCUGGCCUUGUUUGAGCCUGCCCUCUGCUGGCCAUGUACUGUAAUGACAUGGACUCCCUGCGUGGACGGAGGAUGGCUUUUAGAUACAGUAUUGUCAUGUUAGUGGUUGGCGUACAUGUUAGUGCGUAAGCGCGUGUGUGCGAGUGAAAGAGUGGGAAACACCCGUAGGGAGUUAUUUUAGAUAAGUGGGUGAGUGAGUGUGUGCCUCCCAAGUGUCAGUGGUGAGCUCCCAGAGUAAGUCAUGUGUCACUGUGCACAAAGCACCUUUUUUAUGAUUUAUGCUUCAGUUUGGCACUUUUUUUUAAGCUGGAGAUGUAAGGGAAUAUGAGGAAACCUCAAAGGGAAAAAAAACAAUCAAUCCACUGUCUCAUCCUCCCUCCUUUGUUUUCUGUCAUUUUUGUGUCUCCAUAGAUAAAUAUGAUACCGUUCCUUUUCAGGUCCAGUAUUAUUUCAAUUUGAGUAAAAAAUUCCUUAAAACAUUAAAUGCGAUAGACGAUAGUUUUCAUAUUUGUGAAUGGGUGCAUGUGAAGUUUUUUGGCUAGAUAAAGGAAUUGUGACCUUUUUCAUAGAAGGUGUGCGUGAGUGUGUGAGAGUGUGUGUGUGUGUGUGUUCCUCUCAGUUGAUUGAAAACUUGUGUUUCAAUUCUUCUGAAAGUCUAUGGCUCAGUAUGUGGUAUAUUUGACUAGCUGCCACUCUGAAGGGUUCAGUGCACACAUUUCUGUCCAAAGUUCUCAGCUACAAGGUUUUUACACGAUAUGUGCCUGUUCUGCUGGAGUUAAAAGAUAUUUA